AUUCAGUCGGAGGCGGAUAUUUUAUUUUUCAAACUGCCGCACGAAACGACGACUUCUUUAUACACCUCUCGGUCAUACAUAAUCUUCGAAAGGGACAAUUUUAAGCCAGCAUUGGAACUUCACAGAGACUGUCGCACGCAUACGUUCUCUGACCUUUGUAGAACGUGUAUGGAUUUCCUUCAGACUGGCUUAUCUGAAAUGACGGGUUGA